CACGGGCAUCUGUGUGUCUGUGUGUCCACACCUCCAUCGCGCGCGCACGCCUUUUGUGGCCCUGCCGCGACCGCCCCGUGCACACGGGGGAGGCCGGGACCCCUCUUUGUUCUGGCUGGGGUGUGAGUGUGUGCACGCGCGCUGGCUGGCUUGCCGGGUGGGAGUUCGAGGGAGGUGGGCGGUUUAAAUAUUCCACCGAGGAUGGCAGCCCCCGGCUGGCGACCUGUCCCCGCGGCGGGGUCCCCCGCGGCCGACCCGAUGCCAGGCGGCUGCUCCUUGUCAGCCUGCGAGACGGAUUUUCACGUGCGUGUCCCCAGCACUUAAGCAAACCGAGCGCCGCGGUUCCGGGUGUGCCUGCCCCGCUCACGCUCGCGUGCUCAAGUCCUGUGCUUUCCCCAACGCCAGACGGCGUUUUUUUGUUGUUGGUGGUGUGGGUUUUAAACCACGGAGACUUUGGCUUUUGUUUUAUUUCAUAUCAGUUUGUGAUUCACGAAGCUUGUGGCAUUUGGUGGUAGCAUCUGAGUGGGGGCUGGCUUUCUGUUUGUGUGUUUUUUGCAUGAUGUGGGAUUGUCUCCCUGCUGUAUCUAAACAUUAAACAGCCUGUCUUUUCGUUGAAGAGGACAGGGGUUAAAAUGAAUGAAGACCUGAAGGGCAAUGUAAGCGGGCUGCCUCGGGAUUAUUUAGAUGCCCGUGCUGCGGAGAACGUCUCGGCUGCUGCCUCCUCCCAGGUUCCUGUUGUAGAGCCAGAGCCAGAGCUCAUGGUCAACCCCUGGGACAUUGUCUUGUGUACCUCGGGUACCCUCAUCUCCUGUGAGAAUGCCGUCGUGGUCCUUAUCAUCUUCCAUAACCCCAGCCUGCGUGCACCCAUGUUCCUGCUGAUAGGCAGCCUGGCUCUUGCAGACCUGCUGGCCGGCGUCGGACUGAUCAUCAAUUUUGUUUUUGCCUACCUGCUUCAGUCAGAAGCCACCAAGCUGGUCACAGUUGGACUCAUUGUCGCCUCUUUCUCUGCCUCUGUCUGCAGCUUGCUGGCUAUCACUGUGGACCGCUACCUCUCCCUGUAUUACGCUCUGACCUACCACUCGGAGAGGACGGUCACAUUUACCUAUGUCAUGCUGAUCAUGCUCUGGGGGACGUCCAUCUGCCUGGGACUGCUGCCCGUCCUGGGCUGGAACUGCCUCCGAGACGAGUCCACCUGCAGUGUGGUCAGACCCCUCACCAAGAACAACGCCGCCGUCCUCUCCAUCUCCUUCCUCUUCAUGUUUGCACUCAUGCUCCAGCUCUACAUCCAGAUCUGCAAGAUCGUGAUGAGGCACGCCCACCAGAUCGCCCUGCAGCACCACUUCCUGGCCACCUCGCACUACGUGACCACCAGGAAGGGGGUCUCGACCCUGGCCAUCAUCCUGGGGACCUUCGCUGCUUGCUGGAUGCCUUUCACCCUCUAUUCCUUGAUAGCUGAUUACACCUACCCCUCCAUCUACACCUAUGCCACCCUCCUGCCCGCCACCUACAAUUCCAUCAUCAACCCUGUCAUCUAUGCUUUCCGAAACCAAGAGAUCCAGAAAGCCCUCUGCCUCAUUUGCUGCGGCUGCGUCCCGUCCAGCCUCUCCCAGAGAGCGCGGUCCCCCAGCGACGUGUAGCAGCCCUCCACGCAGGGGGACACUGCGUUUACCAAGCACUCCCACUGCCUGGCCAAACUGUUGAGAUGCUUUCCUUAAAUCCUUUCUGCUGGAUUCUCUUUGAGCCAUAGGAGAGCUCAGCACUCGUGAAGCGUUCGUUUAGAUGAGUUAAGUGAUUGAAGUGAAAAUAAUGCUCUUAGUGUUUUCACUCUUAAAAAAAAAUGGUUGAGUUCUUUGCUCAAUAUUAUUUUGUUUUGUUUUGGGGGUGGGCUUUAAAAAAAAUCUUUGGAGGUAGGGUUUUUGUUUUCUAUUCUGUGGGGAGGAUUGGUAGUGGGUGGGAAAGGAAGGGCUAUGACGCGUCCAUGAAAUUAUAAAAAGUAAACUCGUCCCAGAGUUUACCGGACUUUAAAAUAAAACUGAGUUAUUGAGGAAAAUGGAGAAGUUACUUUUUGCAGGCUUUUUUGUUUUAAUGUCAAGGUAGAUUUUCACUGCCGCGUGUAUCUACCAGAAUGCAGUCACUCUCAAGCCAACAGAAAUCGUUUACAUGGUUAUGUUUGGAAGGAACCUGAGUUUAGUGACAUGAACUCAGUAAUAAGUUACCAACAUUGAAACCGUGAACCCCCGUUCUUAUUCGUUCUUUCCUUCCUUUCAGCAAUUACUGUUUACCAGAGUUAUUUUGGUAUUUCUGUGAAUGUUGUAAUUCUUUCUGCAUGGUUGCCUGUGUCAGCUAGACCACUAGUUUCAAAUGUUGCCGUGUAAAUCCAGAAUCAAAUGUGAGU